CCAGCAGCUUCUCUUCCCAGUUACACUAUUCUACUUAACCUAUCACAAAGCGUAAGCUUUGGAUAGGUAAAGUAGAAGCAGGAAGACCUUUUGCCGGUCUAUUCAAAGGUCCAAGACGAUCAAUAAAAUCGACUGAAUUUCCCAGAAUCAUGGCAAAGCUUGAAACGUUGACGACGCUUCUGGCCUGGGUCGUCUUCCUCGAAACCGCGCAGGCCGUGGAUAUCCUCCUGUGGGACGGGCCUUCCUGCUCGGGGCUGGUGCAAGCUCGCUGCACGGCACUCAGCAACACCACCUGCUGCGUGUCGAACAAGGCCUACCAAUCUGUGGAGAUCCGGGCGGAGAGCUGCCAAUACACCACGGCUUUCAAGAAUGGCGACUGCACCUCCAAUUCCCCAGUCGUAACGAAAAAUGGCUCCCGAUGCUUCCACGGCCGCAGCGCUGCCUUCACCGCCGCCAGCUGGAAAGACCGAUGCGCCGUCGCUCGCAGCAGUCGAGCGCUGCUGGGUGAGCGCCGCUCGAGGGCCAGCGCUGGCGAGUGCGCUCGCCAUGUGGAAGUGGACGACCAUGAGAUCCUCUUUCGAGAAGAUCCAUUGACGGGGAUCUGGAGCCUCAGGCUCCAGGGCGUGACCAGAGCUGAGUUGUUGGAGGAGCUUGCGAGUGUGCCCAAGGAUGAGAGAGUGUUCUGGUUGUUCGAUCAUGGCGCUUCUUACGUGAACCAAGGCGUGGGACUCAUCUUUGACAUCGUAGACGUUUAAGUUCAUGAUUUCGAUCGAGUGGAUAUUUGGCCUCUUAUUGAAUGUCUGUUCCAUGGAGCGUGCCUCUCGAGAAGAGCGGGAAAUGGAAUUUCAGGAUAUGAAUCCUAUUUCAUAUCUUAUUUCGAUUGCCUUUUCGUGCAUCGAUGAGUUCAAAGAGAGGUUCAUCACCAUUCGAUUCGUCGAUGACUUUUCUUUCGUCGACAAAUUUGUCUUGUGUGAACUUCCGAAAAGAAUCGACAAGAAAAUUUUAAUCAAUAAACAAACAAUUUCUGAUGG